CACAAAGAGAGAAAGAAUGGAAAAGUUCAUCAGUUUUGUGGUUGUUUUGGGUUUUGCCGCUGCAAUGCUUUUACAAUGCGCGGCAGCGCAAACAGUGCAUGUGGUGGGAGAUAGCUCCGGUUGGGUUGUUCCACAAGGUGGCGCCGCCACUUAUCAGACUUGGGCUGCCAACAAUAACUUCGUCGUUGGUGAUAUUCUAAUGUUCAACUUCGUCACAGAGCAGCACGACGUCGUUCAAGUACCAAAAGAAUCCUUCGACUCCUGCACCUCAGCCAACCCCAUUGGCGAAACCAUCACCACCGGCCCCACUAACAUCACUCUUUCCGACGCUGGCAACCACUAUUACAUCUGCACCAUCGGCCAGCACUGCCAGCUUGGUCAGAAAUUAGCCAUUACCGUCUCCGGCUCUCCGGGUGCCGCCGCCCCGUCUACACCGAUGCAGCCUGACUCUUCAUCGUCUGGUGUCUUUGCUAGUUUCUUGGUCUCCUUGUUGUCCAUUCUCGCUGGUUUCCUUUUCUAAGGAAGAAGAUCGAUCAGGGGAGGCCAUGGGAUUUUAUAGUCGAUACAUUUUGCGUUUUUAUUUGUUAUG